CUUCGCCUCGACCACCCACUUCUCGCAUUCUCCUCUCCCCCGAUCCCUUUUGCGACGAACACGAUGGCUAGACCAAGAAAGAAGAAGAGGACGCAUAUCUCCAACGACGAUGCAGCGGAGAAAGGCAGCCGGGGCACAAGACGCCCCAAGAGUAUGGUCAUUCGGAUGGGUGCUGGAGACAUUGGACCAAGUGUGACACAGUUGGCGAAGGAUUUUCGUGCAGUUAUGGAACCUGAUACAGCGAGUCGAUUGAAGGAACGCAAAGCGAAUAAACUCAAAGACUACACGUCGAUGGCCGGCCCGUUGGGCGUAACGCACCUUUUCCUGUUUUCAAGAUCCAAAACCGGCAACGUCCACCUCCGCGUUGCCUUGACGCCUCGAGGCCCGACGCUCACCUUCCGAGUCGAACGCUACGCGCUAGCCAAAGACAUUGCAAAAACGCAGAAACAUCCCCGCGGGGGCGGAAAAGAAUUUCUCACCGCACCUUUACUUGUCAUGAACAAUUUCACAUCAUCACCGAACAAUGGCGACAACGAAGGAGAAAAAGAAAAUCCUAUCAAGAAACAACUCGAAUCAUUGACAACCACCAUUUUCCAAAGCAUGUUCCCACCCAUCAACCCGCAAGCCACACCCUUGAACUCAAUCAAACGCAUCCUCCUCCUCAACCGCGAACCCCAAUCCGACGGAAGCUACAUCCUCAGUCUACGACACUACGCAAUCACGACGCGCAAGUCCGGCGUGUCGAGACGAGUGCGCCGCUUCGACCCAAGUGAGCAACGGAUACGAGAGAAGAAAUCCGGCGCAUUGCCGAAUCUCGGCAAAUUGGACGACGUGGCGGAUUAUAUCCUCGACCCCGCUGCUGGCGGAUACACGUCCGCGAGUGAAACCGAGGCGGAUACAGAUAACGAAAUCGAAGUGACGGAGACAACCACACAGAGGGUUCUCAGUCGGCGAGAACAACAGAAACAAGCCAACGGAGAAGGGAAACGAGGCGAUGAAGCGAAUAAGAAAACGUCCAAUGUGGAGAAACGGGCGGUGAAGCUCGUCGAAUUAGGUCCGCGCAUGAGACUGCGUAUGGUCAAGGUUGAAGAAGGCGUCUGCGACGGACGCGUCAUGUGGAAUGAAUUCGUGACCAAGACAAAAGCGGAAGAGAAGGCGUUGGAGGAGAAAUGGGAGCUGCGCCGGAAGGAGAAGGAGGCGAGAAAGAAGGAACAGAGAGAAAAUAUCGAGAAGAAGAAAUUGCUCAAGAAGAAUACGAAUGCUAAUGCUGGGAAGGAUGGUGAAGGUGAAGGAAGUGAAGAAGAAUGGGAUAGUGAUGAAUUGGAAGCAUGGGCCGAGGAUGACGAUCUAGGCGAUGCAGAAGACAUGAUCGACAACGAAGACGAAGUUGAAGUGGACAGCGAAGAUGAAGUCGAAGAUGAAGAUGAAGAGAUGGAAGACUGAAUUCCAUCUGGCCAUAUUUGUCUUCUCAAUUCAUUGAAUGAUUUUGAUUUUUCCACGGGUUCAACAAGGCUAGCCACGAAAUCAAUAGAACAUCAUGUCAUGGCCUGAUCAUACCAGCAUGAUUCCCUCCAUCUUCGACCAGGACGUCUGUGAAGACGAGCGAGAGUGUUCAAGGCAAUGUACUCGAAUCACACCGACCACUCCUCACGAGUCACUUUCUGCUCUACAAGGGCUAUGCGCUGACGACUGAACAGCCAGACUCGCGACAAUCGCGUUGACUGGGUGGGGAGCGAGCGGGACGGGUGGAUGGCUACACCAGAGUGAAUGGCGAGGGGCGAGGGACGAAUUGAUACUCUGAUGAUCACUGUAUCGCUGGUUGAGAUGACAUCCAAGAAUGCAUUGCACUGCUUGCCCAGCAGGGGGACCUGCUGAUACUGGGUAUACAAUGGAUAUGGGCAAGGACUCUGAAGCAAGUUAGUCCUUAUCUGCGAGAAACAGGGCGGUCAAGGGCAGUUUGGGUUACGAAAAGUCUGCA